AUGAAUAUCAGCAAUGCAGAGGCCAAAUGUCAUAUUAACCUACAAUCUCUGAUGGUUGUACGUAUGGACAUCCGCUUGAACGGCUGCACAGACUCAGAUGGAGAGACCAUGUAUGGCCUGGAUGGGGAGGAGAUGGCCCAUGCUGACUGGGAGGCUAAAAAGAUGGUGAUGACCCUGCCUGAGUUUGCUAUUCCGUUUAAGUAUGAGGAGGGUGCAUAUGAGAAUGCAGUUGCAAAUCAGCAAGUCUGUAAAGCGAACCUGGACACUUGCAUACAGUCUUACAAAAACCCACCAGAGCCACAGGCUCCCCCAAUGAGCUCCAUCUACCCCAGAGAUGAUGUGCAGCUGGGCACUGCCAACACCCUCAUCUGUCUGGUCACUGGGUUCUACCCUUCCCGGCUCACCGUGAAGUGGACCAGGAACAACAAGAACGUGACCCUGGGGACGAGGAACAGCCAGCUCCGCAUGAAUCUUGAUGACUAUUCCUUCACCCAGUUCUUCACCCUCAAGUUCACUCCUGAAGAGAGGGACAUCUACACCUGCACUGUGGAGCACUCAGCACUGGGCAUGCCAAUGACCAGAGAGUUCGAGGUUGAGGCUCCUCCUGAGGCCAGUGUGGGUCCAUCCGUGUUCUGUGGAGUGGGUCUGACCCUGGGGCUGCUGGGAGUGGCUACCGGAACAUUCUUCCUCGUCAAGGGAAACCAGUGCAAUUGAAAGUUUAUUUGUCUCAGCCAUCUGCUUGAUGUAAGGUGUAGAGGCAUAUUUCUCAGACAGUCUGCACAGUUGUAUACUUUGUGAAUCACUAUACUAUAGAUUUGUUCAAUUUGUUUGAUUCUUGUGAUAUCUGCUUUUGAAGCUUUGUGGUGCAUUCCGCUUUGGAGAUAGAAUUUGUG